ACAGCGUGCGCGAACAACGAGACGAGARAGGAAUUAUUUUCACCAAACAUAUGUCAGGAAAACCAAACUUUCCCAGCUAUUCUAUCGGUAAUUUAAGAUUUAACUCAAAUUUCUGACAUCAGAAAUCGUUUUCAUUCAAAUCAAUCCGAAUUUCCUUGUGAAAUUUUUAAGUCCCAAGUUGAGCUGGAGUUCACUUUGUCAUUUCGUGUUCUUGGAGGCCAUUUUUCCUCACAGACAGAAAACAAUUCGCGAAUUAUUUAAACGAAGGACUGUUGUCUGAGUGUGUGGGAGAUAUCUCGCUUUGAUCCCCGGAAAAAGCUUUUGUAUUCAAGUUUCAUCGUUUCGCCGCAGCAGGGAGAUAGUAUGGGAGGAGCUGUCAGUGCCGGYGAGAGCAAUGAAGAAUUGGUUGACAACUUAAAAGGAGCAGGAUACAUCAGAACCGAAAAUGUUGAACAAGCAUUCCGAGAUGUUGAUAGAGCAGAGUAUUUUCCUGAAGAGACUAAACAACAUGCUUACAAAGAUGUAGCAUGGAAACACAAAAAUGUCCAUCUUUCGGCACCAUGCAUAUAUUCAGAGGUAAUGGAGUCCUUAGAACUAGAGAGUGGUCUGUCAUUCCUUAAUCUAGGUAGUGGCACUGGUUACCUGUCAACAUUAGCUGGGCUCAUAUUAGGGCCAAGUGGGAUUAAUCAUGGAGUUGAGAUCUUUGAAGAGGUGGUUGAAUAUGCUGAGAAAAAAUUGGAAAUAUUUAUGAACACAAAUCCUGCUUUUAAAGGCAUUAACUUCUGUGUACCAGUAUUUGCAGUUGGAAAUUGUUUGUGUAUGGACCCAUAUUAUCGGCAGUAUGACCGUGUUUACUGUGGCGCCGCAUGUCCUACRGAGUAUGAAGACUACAUGAAAUCCUUAAUCAAGAAGAAUGGUAUUCUUGUGAUGCCAUUUAAAGACAAUUUAUGCAAGAUGCGGAAAGUGAGUGAAACCGAAUGGACUACAGAGUCAGUCUUACCAGUUUCUUUUGCGCCAAUCAUCAUUGAYGACAAAGAUAAUACACCAUUAAUAAAAAUUGCAUCAAAAAUAAAAUCCCUUCAAGACCUUUGUCGCCUUGUCAUUCUCAAUCAUAUUGGAUUAAAAAGACUCAAGAAAGUAGCAGAACUACCCCUUCCACCAUCAUUGCUCUCUUAUCUAAGCUACUUCAGAGAAUAUUGACAUCACCCAACCAUUAUACACAGCUUGACAAGAUCCAGAUAGAUUUGAACCAUCGUUGUGUCUUGAUGGCAGUGAAAUCCUUUCAGUCAUAUAUUUGCUUCUGUGCAACUUGAAAAGUGCCAAGGGAAGGUAUGCUUUUCAUUGAGGCUGUGGCUUCAGAGGGGAC